AUGACUGCCGACUCAGCGGACCGACCUUCAAAAUCACCUGCGCUUCCCAACUUCACAUUCAACCCGGGUGCUUCGCUGUCGCCAGACACCAACUCUCUGCUCAGCCCCCCGUUGUCUCCGCCGCCUGUGUCACCAAGACUCGCGCCUUCGCCUUCAAGACCAACCGGAGUCGGACACAGAAGAGGAGGAAGUGAAUUCGUGGAGGAAGCAUCCGUGACGGGUACGAGCCCGACGAGAUCCGAAAGUGGCUUCGCGUCCCCCAACUUCCAACUGCCGCCUCCCAAACCUGCCAACCGUCGUGGCCACGCCCACAGACGAUCUGCGGCACUAUCAAGCCACGACCUUUCUCUCAUUGUGCAGCCCCCUGCACCCGGAAACCUGCGGGGCAACAGCGCGCCGACCAGCCCAGCCGAGUUUGACCGACGCCUAGAAGACCAGAACGGAGGUCUAGAUGGGAGGACGCUGAAGAGCGUUGAAUCAGAGCCGGCUCUCAAGGUACCAACAGAGCUCACCAGGCCUGUGACCGCUGAUUCGGGCACAUCGAGUGGCAGAGCUUCACCUGCGGCCAGGCCUGUGACCCGCGCCCGCGUUGGGUUCUCUGAUACUCUCGAGUUCAUCCCCCGCCCCCUAUCAAUGGUGUCUAGCGAUACUUCUAGCACCGUAACGGCUCGGCCUGGUGGACACUCGGUGUCUGGCAGCAUCUCUUCCAUCAUUUCCAUUCCAAACGCUGCAACUGCGGAAAGCGAGCCCGUCAUUCCUCUCGUGCUCACUCCGUCACGGCAGACCAACGAAUCGAGACCAAGCACUGCCGGAGCCGUGCUCGAGCGAUCCCAGAGCAUUCAAUCGGUUGGGGCAUCACCAAGGAGGAGAAACUCAAUCCCUACUCUCAUUAACCUGCCGGAAGCUGGCACCGUUGGUCCCCCAAUGCCAAGCCCAACAAAGACCCCGAAGCGGUGGUCAUUUUUUGGACUUGACCCCUUCGCAGCUGCGGCAUCACCGCUACGCACACGUCCUGUCAGCUCCAGCUCCUCCGAAUCCGGGUCCAAGCCGCACAGUUCUGCUUCCUCAUCCUCCGAGCACCUCUCGGAAUCGGUUGGUACUCCAGACACCUCCGAGCAAACCGGUCAAAGAACCGACGGCAAAAAGUCGAAAAAGAAGAAGAAGGUCAAGAACUGGGCGGGGUCCAUCUUGGCACGCAAAGCUAAACCGCGCAACAAGAAGUGCAAGGACUUGGAUCUGUCAAACGACUCAGCACGUCAAUUCGAGACAAUUGAACCAAAGGACGACACUCUCAUGGUUGAGCCGGAAGUCAAUAUCGAGCCGGUGACACCGACACUCAUGGUCACCGACACUUCUAGCCAACCACAGAACCUGCAAGAGUGGAAGCCACGUCCUCUGUCAGCUCAGGACGACUCGUCUUUCUCCAUGAUCGAUCUGGACGCGGCUCUAGGGCCAUUUAACACACCACUUGCCAACAACCCCGAAUGGGAUGCCGCCCAGCGAGCCGCAGCCUCUACCAAGCGCCAGCUGCAUAGCGCACAAGGCAUGAAAGGCUUCAGUGGCCCAGGGAUGCACUAUCAUAGACGCGCCGAGAGUGCGCCUGAAAUGGUGCCUUUUGAGGGUGGUCGUUUCGGCAUUCACCGCUUCGGCAGCAGCUCAACCAUGGCCGACGUCUUUGAAGAGGAUGAGGAGGACGAUGAACACCCGGGCAAGUCCGCGUCGCUUCACACCAACAGCGGUAGAGAGGUUGCGGAAGACAGCGCGGAAUCAUCUGGUGACGAAGCCACGCCGCCUGCCACCAACAAUGUCAAGAAACCCAUCCUGGAUACUGCACCCGUCCGCGCUCUGGACGACACCUGCAUCCGCGGCCCCACUACCGAAAAGGAAGCGACUAAAGCGGUUGCCAGUACGAAACCCGAGAAAUCGCUAGCUUCCCUACAGGACAGCGUGAUUGUCGAGGAAACCAUUCUUCCUGAGAUCCCCGAGUUCCGCACAAGCUCUCUUUUCCAGGAGAAGGCGGAAUCUACUGGCUCCGGUUCUGCGACUCCCUCGCCUAGGAGAAUUCUUGCUAGCAAGGAUUUGGCUCCUGUUGACGUCAGCCCUCUUCAUCUCCCGACUCCCUCUCAUGUUCCUGUUAGUCCCUAUUCAAUGAGCCACGCUUCCUCCUUCCCGUCGCCUCGUUCGCCAAUGUCUUACGAUGCACAGCGAAUUUCUACGGCUCCGUCAUCGGUCAAUGAAGAGAAUAACUUCCAGUCGCUGCUACUGGGCGAGCCUGGCCCGGAAGUCAGGCUCUCCGUGGAUAUCCCCUCAUUGACAUCUAGUCACUCGACCAUGACGAGAGACAGCUCUUUUGCGCCCAGCAGUCAAUUGAGGCAAGAUCCUAUUCGGCCGGAUCAGCAAAGGCCGGUUUCCGUAUCCUCGGCAGCCUUUGGCCGCCGCAGAUCCAGUCUUGCCAGUCUGAGCAGGCUCAUCAGCAGCUCUCAUGGGGAACGCAGCAAGCUCUCAAUGGAAGUCUCAUACGAUGGUGAGGGCGAUAAGAAGCACAAGUCAAGCAAGUCGAAACGACUCAGCCGAAUGAUGCGAUUCUGGAAGCCCAAGGACGACACCUCGGCAUGA